CCGAAGCUUCUCCUCUUCCAGUUUACUAAUGGGGUUAUAUACUAAAUUACUAAUCGAACCGACCCCUGUUUUUUACGGGUGAGGCUUUAUCGUUGUUCGUCUCCUCCGAAAUUCUCCCUUGUCCGCAUUUACUCUUUUUCUUCUUCGACGCAGUAAUCUCAGCUCUAUCAGCCAAUCAACUCCCCCAAAAUCAAUCCUUCAUUCCCUCCCUCCAUUUAUUCCCGGUCGCUGAUUCGACUCUUCUUCCCCUGUUUUCCCCCGAUUCGGAAUCUUGUUCUCGGAUACCACCCAAAUCACCUACCCGCUCCGCUGGAAAUUUAUCUGUGAAUCCCAUCCUGGAGACCGAUUGGAGCAUUUCUGAAUCUGGGUUCUGGUCGAUGAAGCUGCUGCCCAGUUCCAUUUCAAUUCCUCGUCAGACUCUGUUGGUAACCUUACUCUUUUCGUGUCCUCGUUCGACACUGUCUGGGUAAUUAGUCUACUACUGGUUCUUCUUUUCGAACUUCUCUUUCAAGGGUAUUGCUUCAUUUCCCGGGAAAGGAAAAGGGUAAGUGAGAAUCCCGCCAGGUGGGGGGAAAAAAAGAUGUCUGCGAUUCGACCUGAUCCAACGAAACAGCUCGCCACGAGCAGCGUGGUUGUGGGCUACGCUCUCUGUUCCAGCUUGCUCGCCGUGAUUAACAAGUUCGCCAUCACUAAAUUCAACUACCCAGGGCUUCUGACAGCUCUGCAGUACUUGACCUCGGCGCUUGGCGUCUGGGUUAUGGGCAAAUUAGGGUUCUUGUAUCACGACGCCUUCAAUUUGGAAACUGCAAAGAAGUUCCUCCCAGCUGCAUUUGUUUUCUACCUCGCAAUCUUCACCAAUACCAAUCUGCUACGCCAUGCCAAUGUCGACACUUUCAUUGUGUUCAGAUCUUUAACCCCACUUCUUGUUGCUAUAGCCGACACUUUGUUCAGGAAACAGCCGAUCCCAUCUAGGCUCACUUUCUUGUCCCUGUUCAUCAUUUUAGGAGGUGCUGUGGGUUAUGUGGCUACUGAUUCGGCUUUUACCCUCACUGCAUAUUCAUGGGCACUUGCUUAUUUGGUGACAAUCGUAUCUGAAAUGGUUUACAUCAAGCACAUCGUGUCGAACAUUGGAUUGAACACUUGGGGUCUGGUGUUGUACAACAAUCUGCUGUCCUUGCUCAUAUCGCCUGUGUUUUGGGUUCUCACUGGGGAGUACAGAGAAGUGUUUGGUGCUCUCGGUUCAAAUGGUGGGGAUUGGUUCAGGAUUGAUGCUUUCUCUGCAGUGGCAUUGUCUUGUGUGUUUGGUGUGCUCAUCAGUUUCUUUGGGUUUGCGGCCAGGAAGGCGAUCUCUGCUACUGCAUUUACUGUGACUGGUGUGGUUAACAAGUUUCUGACUGUUGUGAUCAAUGUGAUGAUAUGGGAUAAGCACGCCACUCCAUUUGGAUUGCUUUGCCUCCUCUUCACGCUGUGUGGAGGUGUUCUUUACCAGCAGUCUGUUACAAAUGCACGUGUCGAGCCUGUUGCUAAACCGAAAGACAAUAGGGAGCCGGAUGCAGAGAAUGUGCUUCUUAUCGAGAGAAAAGAGGACGAUGCGGAUAAGUAGGGAGGAAGGCUUUGUCUGGUAAGACUUGGAUGAGAGAACUUGGUAGGUUUUGUAUUCCUUGAGCUUGUUUAGAAGUAUGAUUGUUUGAAGAAUCUUAUCAGAUACACACAACUGGGCAGUAAUCAGUUUUUGUUUCUUCAACGUGAUUAUUUACCGGUGUCAAUUGAUAUUAUAUCAUAGCCUGGGAGGGUGCCUUUUCCUCAGUAUAUCUUAUUUAUGCUUCUCAAACUGAUCGUGAGAGCAGUGCUAUAGACAGAAGUUGAAAGUUGGAUUCAAGGCAUCUGUAGAAAGGUUACUAUCAUGUAGCUCAAUACGAAAUGUUGAAUUGCUUCCAAAUGUUUCAGUCAUGUUAGAGCUUGAACUCGAUUACCCUGAUUUUUCUGAUUAUGAAGCCAUGUUUGCAUUAUCUUUGUAAGUUGUUGGAGAUAAUUAAGAGCCCCCUUAUGU